GUGAUUGAUGAGUUGAAGUCAGUCGCGGACUUGGGCUCGAAGUUAGAGAAAGGUGACUCGGCGUUUAGAAAGUUUCCAACGCAGGCUACGUUAUCCAGGCCGUCUAUUAAAGCACUUUUAUUUAAGGGUAAAAAAAAUGGCAUCUAUGUUAAGGCAAAGCCUUCGUACCUUCCCUGCGAUUGCUCCCCGGACAGCCCAGUUUGCGGCAGCUAGGUCUCUCGCCACAUCUGCUCACCUCCAGGCUCAAGUGCAAACUAAAAGCAAAAAAACCUUGGCCAAACCUGGUGUCAAGAACAUUGUAUUAGUGGAAGGGGUCCGUACCCCUUUCCUACUGUCUGGCACAAUAUACAAUGAUUUUAUGGCUCAUGACCUGGCAAGAGCUGCUUUGCUGGGUCUCCUAAAUAAGACUUCUCUUCCCAAAGACGCUGUUGACUACAUUGUGUAUGGUACAGUUAUUCAGGAAGUGAAAACCAGUAAUGUCGCAAGAGAGGCAGCCCUUGGGGCUGGUAUCUCUGAAAAGAUUCCAGCCCACACAGUCACCAUGGCCUGCAUAUCUGCCAACCAAGCUAUUACCACAGCUGUGGGCCUCAUUGCUGCCGGGCAGUGCGACGUAGUUGUGGCUGGGGGAGUUGAGACCAUGUCCGACAUGCCCAUCCGUCACAGUCGCAAAAUGAGAAAAACCAUGCUGACGCUGAACAAGGCCAAGACGUUGAGCCAGAGGCUAACGUUGCUGAGCAAGAUCCGACUUGGCUACCUGACCCCAGAGCUGCCUGCUUUGACUGAGUUUUCCACAAACGAGACCAUGGGCCACUCUGCUGACCGGCUGACUGCAGCUUUUGGUGUGAGUCGCAGGGAGCAGGAUGAGUUUGCCUUUCGCUCCCACUCGUUGGCAAAGAAAGCCCAAGAUGCUGGCCUCCUCAGUGAUGUCCUCAGUGUCAAUGUGCCAGGAAAAGGAAUAGUUUCUAAGGACAAUGGGAUCCGACCAAGCUCCAUGGAGCAGUUGGAGAAGCUAAAGCCAGUUUUCAUCAAGCCCCAUGGCACCAUCACUCCAGCCAGCUCUUCCUUUCUGACGGAUGGUGCCAGUGCAGUUCUCCUCAUGUCUGAAGAGAAGGCCCUUGCCAUGGGCUAUAAGCCCAAAGCUUAUCUACGAGAUUUUGUGUUUGUAUCCCAAGACCCAAAAGAUCAGCUCCUUUUGGGACCCAGUUAUGCAACCCCCGAGGUCCUUGAAAAGAGCGGUAUAACACUGGAUGAUAUUGAUGUUUUUGAGUUUCAUGAAGCUUUUGCGGGCCAGAUUUUGGCAAAUUUGAAAGCCAUGGAUUCUGAUUGGUUUGCACAAACAUGUAUGGGAAGGAAAUCUAAGGUUGGGGUUCUACCCAUAGAGAAGUUAAAUCUGUGGGGUGGUUCCCUGUCUCUGGGACACCCGUUUGGAGCCACAGGUGCUCGGCUUGUCACAGCUGCAGUUAACAGGCUGAAAAAAGAAGGGGGCCAGUACGCGCUGGUGGCUGCAUGUGCUGCUGGAGGACAGGGUCAUGCCAUGAUUGUUGAAGCAUAUCCCCACUGAUACUUCACUUGUUGGAUUGAAGUCCUGUUGUUCUUAUCUCUAAGGAAUGAUCUGUGUAAAGAAUAACACCACAUUGCCUUGAUACUAUGGUGUAGACAGUGUUGCAUGUCAAAAUGACAAGAUACAAGGGCACAAAGUGUCAGUUUGUUUGUUUCAACUUUUUUUCUGCUAAGUUCUAACAAAUAAAUACGCCAGAGUUCGGCAAAGGUUUUUCAA